AUGAAUAAAUAUCAGGGGUCGGUGUCCUUCACGGAUGUGACUGUGGACUUCACUCAGGAAGAAUGGGAACAGCUGGACCCCUCUCAGCGGAUCCUGUAUAUGGAUGUGAUGCUGGAGAACUACAGCAACCUGCUUUCAGUGGAAGUGUGGAAGGCGGAUGGCCCGGUGGACAGGGAGCCCGGAAUCCCCGACAGGCAGGCCAGGCAGUGUCUAACCCUCAAAAACCAAACCCCCCUGGAGGACAGAGGUAAUGUCUUUGAAAAGGCCUUGAACCUGGGCACAGACUUUGUUUCUCUAAGACAAGUCCCCUAUAAAUACGACUUCUACGAGAAAACACUGCAGUGCAGUGCAGACUUACUGAGCAGUAACGGCAACUGUGCGGCCAAGAAAGCAGAGGAGUGCAGUGGACUUGGGAGAGCGCUCCUGUACCUGAAGCAGGAGAUAGCCCGGCCCGGCCUGCACUACCCGGAGUACAGUAAGGGCGGGAAGGCCCUCAGCCCCAAAGAAGCCGUUUUUAAGCAUCAGAAAAUGAAAAGCCUGGUUCAGCCUUUCAUUUGUAAUUACUGUGAUAAGACCUUCUCCUUUAAAUCCCUCCUCGUCCGUCACAAGAGAAUCCACACCGGGGAGAAGCCCUAGGACUGCGACGUCUGCAAGAAAACCUUCUCCCACAAGGCGAACCUCAUCAAGCACCAGCGCAUCCACACCGGGGAGAAGCCCUUCGAGUGCCCCGAGUGCGGCAAAGCGUUCACGCACCAGUCCAACCUCAUCGUGCACCAGCGGGCGCACAUGGAGAAGAAGCCCUACGGCUGCGGCGACUGCGGCAAGACCUUCGCCCAGAAGUUCGAGCUCACCACCCACCAGAGGAUC